AUCCAGACACACUUCGGAUGCUUUCAGUUUUGCAUAAUGUCUGCUAGCAGAAUGAGCAAAGAAGAGAACCAUGAGAGCGGUGAAGAAAUCAUUGGUAAUGAAUGCAUAUCAGAUCAUGCUAGUAAUACUGAAGCUGAAUCCUGGAAACACAAGCAAAAAAUCAAAAUACCAAAGAAAAUGAAGAUUUUUGAAUUGAUGAAACCCCAGAAGAAUUCAAAAUCUGCAGCGGCCCUCACCCCCAAAAAUUCAUUAGUGGAUUUCAACGUGUACCUUGAACAGAACUGUCUGGCUGAAGCACAGCAGCAAAUUGUGGCAGCUGAGGAAGAUCUCUUUGGUUCAAAUGAAGCCAGGCCAGAGGAUGUGGAAAAACUGCAGACAGCCUAUGAAACCUUUAUAAUACGACUGAGGAUGGCCAUCUAUGAAUCCUUCACUGAGGCCAACCAGGAGACACUCAAGAGUGCUUUGACAUCCAUACUUCAGGAACAGGAACAGGACAGACGCUGGGAGGGAGUGGCUGUGGAGCAACGUCCAAAAUGGAGGCCCACAAUGUGCAGAGAGAUCCAUGACGCAGUACUCCGGACUGUUGUUGAGGAACGAAUGAAGAAUGCAGAUGAACAAGAGAAUGGGGCAGACAAGUUAUCAACCUCCUUGAAGAGAGAGGUUUUCCGGUUAGGCAUGCAAGUACAAAAAGACCUUCUCAGAGUCGUAAGAGCACUGACAAAAUGUUACCCACCAGACUUUGACAUUUUCAGAAUGUAUGCUCAGCUCUACCAUCAUGCCUUCUCUACCCGACUACAAGAGCUAGCCAAAUCCAGUGUUGAUUUUGAGGAUUGCUUUUAUAUAUUGAGUUGGAUUGUCGAUUAUUAUCCAAGGGAUGUGUUGAAGCACAAAGAUUUGAAGGAUAAAGUCAAUACUUCAUCACUUGGACCUCUGUUAGCUGAAGAACAUCUGAAGACUUUAGAGGAACAGUACUUGUCAUACAAAGAGUAUGAGGUCGCAAAGUGGAUUUCCAAUGCUCUUGAGAAAGAAGUGAAAAAAUGGAGUGAUGGCACAGAACCAGAACUCUUUGAUGGAUGCUACAUCAGCAACCUUGCUGCAGAUGUGAUACCACUUGUUUAUGGAACUGUGAGAGAGGUCAAGUCAAUGCUUAGCUCUGAAUGUAAAGCUCAGAUUAUUCAUUGCCAGCUGGACAGCUUUCUAAUAAGGUAUAUGAAAAGUCUGAAGGACCUACUCAAAACAACACAAAAAAACAUUCCUAAUACUCUCAGUGCUAAUCUGGUUAACAUUCAACAGUUUAGGGAUUACAUACAAAGAGCUGAAAAUCCUUUCCUAGAGGAGACAAGAACAGCUUGCCUGUCCACAUUAUCGGACCUCAUAGCAAUUUGUCACAAAUAUUUACUCAGACAAAUUCACACAGAACUGAAGCCUAUUUACCGUAAGCUGUGGACUCAGGUCUGGUUUGCUGGUCACCAUGAUGUUGUGGUGGAGCUGGUGGUGGCGCUUGAGAAUAACACAAAUCAUUUAAAAAAAAAAAUUAAGCCAGACUGCCGGGAGGAACUGCUGGUUGAGCUGCAUACUGAAGUAAUGGUUGAGUAUGUGAGACGAAUGAUGAAGGGAAAACUGAAACUGAAAAACAAAGAGAAGCAAGAGGCAGCUGCCAAGUUCAUUUGCCAAGACAGCAGUAAAAUCUGCUCUGUGUUUGCGAAAUGGGGAUCCAAAGAGGAAUGGCUCUCUCAAAUCCUCCCUAAAUUAGCUGAGAUUGUGAGACUGCAGGACCCCAAGAGCCUGCAGAUUGAGAUAGUUACCUUGGCAAGUGUCUAUCCUGACCUAAGUAAACAGCAUGUUCUUGCUGUCCUGAACCUGAAGAGCAACCUUUCAAGCUCAGAUUUGCACAGGAUCAAAGAGUGCUGCUGUAAGUAUACAUGUACGCAGGGCACUGAAUCUUCCCGUUCCUUCUUUUCUAAAGUACUUGUCAAAAAGAAAAUGAGUGUCCUGUUGAGCUAUAUCUCAUGUAAGGCACCUGAAGGGAACUAGCUACUUUAUAAAAAUCCUAUGCACACAGUUGUUUCAUUUUUAAUUCUGAUCAUACAUUGCCAGUAUUAUGAUUGUUCACACAUAUGUAUUAUUAAAACCUUACAAAAAGCUAUAACUCUUGUUUGUAACUGAUAUUUGUAUUUUAUAUUCAUGUUGCUCACCCAGAAUGGUGUUCGAACUAGUUGUUUCACUGAACAAUGAUGUUAGCCCUGUAAUCACAAUCUGUAUGUUCAACAUCUACCUAAAUAAA